GCUAAAUUUCUUUUCAGACAUGAAUCUUAAUAUGUGAAGGAAUAAUUUGACAGUUAGUUAGAUUUAGAAUACUACAUCCUAGUAAGCCAAGAACUAAUCAUGGAGAACAUAAAAACGUUAACAUCUUUGAUCUUCAUUUGGACAUUGUCUUUCUCUCUGUGUGUUUGUAAUACUGGAGGAGGAGUUAACCACCAUCUCAAGCACAACGCAGAUAAUAGUAGUACCAAAAGUAACAAUACACCUCACGAUGGAAACAAAACAGAUCAUCAUGUCCAUGGUCAUAUUCAUGGUGUAGAAAUCGCUGAAUGGAAAUUUGAUGAGUUACGAGAGCCUUUCAUUUUUACCAUUGUUGUUUUAUUAGCUGGACUCAGCAAAAUUGGCUUCCAUUAUACAGACAAGUUAUCAUCCCAUGUUCCAGAAUCAUGUUUGCUAAUUGUUAUUGGAACAGCUUUUGGUGUUAUAUUUUUCUUGACUGGAAUUUCAGAAAAAUUGCCAGAAUUUUUUACACCAGAUACCUUCUUUCAUUUUCUUCUUCCACCUAUAAUUUUAGAAGCAGCCUUCAGUUUAUAUGACAGAACAUUUCUACAUAACUUAGGAAGUAUUCUCAUAUUUUCUGUGAUUGGAACAUGUUGUGCUGCUUUUACUAUAGGUUUAUGUUUGAUUGGUUUACAUAAAGCAGGUGCUAUGGAAGAUAUAGAUGUUACACCUAUACAACUGUUAGUCUUUAGUGCUCUAAUAGUAGCUGUAGACCCUGUCGCAGUGUUAGCUGUAUUUAAUGAAGUUGGUGUAAAUAGAGUUUUAUACUUCCUUGUCUUUGGUGAAUCUUUGUUAAAUGAUGGUGUGACCGUAGUGUUGUACAAUGUAUUACAGUCUUAUAACAGUAUAGCUUUACAAGGUGGAUCAAUCACUUAUAAGGAGGUGUUACUAGGAAUAUUGAAAUUUGUUGUUGUAUGUGUUGGUGGUCUUUCAAUAGGUGUGAUAUGUGGAAUACUAUCAUCCAUACUGACAAGGUUUACAGAUAAAGUUAAAGUUGUUGAACCUGUAGCCAUAUUUGGUAUGGCUUAUUUAGCCUUUAUUUUGGCAGAAAUGUUCCAUUUUUCAGGAAUUAUAAGCAUAAUAGCCUGUGGUUUAAUACAAGUAGCCUAUGCCUUUAACAACCUAAACAGGAAGUCCUGUACAGCAAUAAAAUACUUUACCAGAGUUAUGAGCUCAACGACAGAAAUUAUUAUUUUUAUGUUCCUUGGAUUGUUGUUAGUGAGAGAUAACCAUCGAUGGGAGACAGGGUUUAUUUUGUGGACAUUGUUUCUUUGUAUAAUUGUACGAUUCUUUUAUACAUAUUUAUUUUCACUAGCCAUAAAUAAAUUUGACCGUUCAAGAGUUAGAAGAAUUACGUUAGAUGAAAUGUUUAUCAUGAGUUAUGGAGGCUUGAGGGGUGCAGUGUGUUUUUCACUUGUUGCCUUAUUAAAACCAGAGGACUUUCCAACGGAAACCAAAAAUCUUUUUGUUACAACCACUCUCACUGUGAUCUUGUUCUCAGUAUUUGUUCAGGGUGCCACAAUCAAACCACUGGUGAACAAAUUAAGAGUUAAACUUGCUACCUAUGUUGAGCCUAAAAUGUAUGAUGAGUUGAAUUGUAAGGUAACAGAUCAUAUGAUGGCAGGAAUGGAAGAGGUAGUCGGACAUGAAGGCAACUUUUAUUUAAUGGAAAAAAUGAAAAGAUUUCAAGAUUUAUAUUUACGGAAGUAUUUACUAAAUGAUCCUGAAGGUUUUGAUCAAUCAGAGUUAUUACAGUAUUAUGAGAAAUUAGUCAUGAAAGAGCAUUACAGAAAUCUUCAUCUAUGUGGUGCCACAAAUAUGCCAGAUAAAUCAGAGGAUAUGCGUAAAAUAGAUAGUUCUGCCAUGUUACUGAAGUUAGCCAGUGGCACAGAUGCCGAGGAGCCUCAAGAGGAAGAGGAAGAAACAGGUGUAAGACUUAGAAUAAAAUCCAACGAUUCACCAACUCCAUCAGAUUUAAGAAAACUACUGGAAUCACAUGCUACUCAUAGUAGAAUGCCAAAAAUUGAAGUAGGCCAGAGAUUUUGUUCAGCGAUACCCCAAGGCAUGUUUGACAGAAAUAUGGCUAAACAUACCAAGUUCUCUAUGAUGCAGCAUUUACAAAAUAAAAGGUGUAGUAACAUGAGACUACAGAGAAUGAAAUCUAUCAGAACCAUGCCAGAGAGGGCAUUAUCCUGGUCGGAGGAAGACUCAGACAUUUGUUUUAGGAGAGGAAAUCAAACAAGGUUAGGUAAGCCCAAGGCCAGGUCAGCUACUGUAGACAUAUCUCCCACUGAUGAUAGACACAACAUUACAUCCCAAAUAUCUAAUGUAAUGGAUACUGUGUUUGAAGAAGAUGAGGUUGAAAACAGACCAUUAUUACAGAAAGGUUCCAGUCUUCCAGUAUAUGCUGAGGGAACCAGUAGUACAAAGGGUAUAACUGUCAUAUCACCUGAAGAAUUUGGAGACACAUUUUGUGUACCAAAUAAGAGUAAUGAGCCAGAAAAUGUACCUGCUGUAACUAAGGAUUCAGAUGAACCAACACCAGGUUCAGGUAUGCCAUCUGGAAGAAAAAACAGCAGCCAUGUUUUAAUAAGACAAGGUGCAAUGGAUGACAUUCCAAUGAAAAAGAUCAGUAGAUCAACAUCACAGUAAUAUCUCUUUUGUUGAUAUAUGAAUAUUACGAAAUAUUGAAAGAGAUAAAGUACUAUUUUUAUAGAGGGAUAUUUAUUUAUGUACUUAUUGCUGCCUUUGUUUUCUAUAUUACUGCCGUUGGCUGAUGACCACUAAUCAUGAUAUUCAUGAUUGUAACAGUGAUUGAAGCCAUACAUGUGUUAUGUCUUUCAUAGUUGUUAGCUUUUAUACUUAUUUUCACUCAUAAAAAUAUUUAAAUUGAAGUUUAACUUUUUAAACUCUUAAGAUGGUUUGAAAAUUUAAAAUGAAUAAAUAAAUAUUAAUAGCUGCAACAUGAACCAUCUUGCAGAAAGAAAUUUUAUGUCUGUGUAACUGUAAUAUUUUUUUAGAAGAAUGCUUUUGUUUGAAUGACUUUAUCUUAACCAUUUAAACUUGCUACCUCUACAUGCUUAUGUAAUAAUAGUUGUUAAACCACAAAGAAAAAUAGUAAGUGCUGUUUAUUUUGAUGAGACUUUCCUAUUUUGUGCAGAGUUUUCCAACAUAAAAACUGUGUAUUGAUUUAGGAUUGUACAUACACUUGUUGAUUCUGUGCAAUAAUUUAUGAACCUUUAAAUCAAUGCUUUUGAAAUUUUAAUAUGCUGUUUCUGAUAAACAAAAAUAUAGUCAAUGAAGAUAUUACUGAUUUUAUUGAUUUAAUAAUGAUACUAAUAAAAGUAGGAGAAUCACAAUUUGUUUUCAUCUAGGAAGCAUCUUGUUAACAAAUGAAUCAGAUAAUUUUAAUGAUUUGUUUUAGUUUUUAUGAAUGCUUGUUACCUAAAAAUCUAUUUCAGCAUUAAAAGUUAAUUUAAAUCAAAAUCUUUUUAUAUCAGCAAUUUUUUUUUAAUAGCAAUUUUGCUUUCUGUUUUAAAAUUAAAAAUGUUUUAUUAUUCAGUAGUAGAAUGAGUUUGUUAGCUUUUUUUUUUACAGUUUUAUUCAGUAUUCAUAGUUAGAUUUUUAGUAAAUAUUUUUAGCUUUUUUAUUAAACUUUUUUUGUCAUUACCUAAAAAUUGUAUGGAUAUAGAUACUAUUUAAAUAAGUAAUAUUGAAACAGGAAUGAAAAUUCCAUUCUUAAACCCUGAUACCCAAUUCAUUAAGAUUUAUUGGUGGAAAAUAGCUUAUAUUGUUAUGUGAAAUAAAAUGUGUGUUUUUUUUUAUAGUACAACGUUUACAAUAGGGGUAAUGUUAUUUUUAGUACAAUUUUAAUAUACUUUCAUAUUGUUUUUAUUACAGAGUGUUUUUAUUCUUUAAUUUGGUAUGUUAAAACAUUAUAUAAAUGAUGUUAACGUAUUUAUGUAUUCAGACAUUGUUGUUUCCGGUGAGAAAUUCUGCAGCAUUGUUUUUUUGAUGAGACAAAUACCAAACCUUAAACACUCUACAUCUCUUAUAUAUGAGUAUUACAUUUUAAAUACAAAACUGUUUACCAAAAAUAUAGAAAUCCUUUCCUAUAAUACGGGUAGUAGUAUAGUUCAAAUGUAUGUCCUUAAAGCAAUACUAAAUACAGGGUCCAUCAGAAGUAUGUUAAUUUGAAAUUAGUACCAAUCUGCAUAGGUCAAAAAGGUCUAUUAACUUAUGUAUAAAACAUAUAAAACAUGCUGUUUCUAACUGGAUUUUAUAUAUAAAAUCUUGUAAUUGAUUUGAGGUUAUACUGUAGGAGGGUGGACUUGCUGGUAGGUGGGCUCUCCAAACUUUGUUUGUGCAAACAUUUUAGUCAAUUCUUUUCAAAAGAGGUCAAGGUUGAUAUUGGUAUUUUCACGUUCUUCAUUAUGAAGAAUGGUCCACAUAAUCUGUAAUGUGCUUUAAUUUUAUAGAACCAUUGACUGAUUAUUUCAAUUUUUUGUUUCUGAAUACAAAAUGGAGGUCGAGUUUAAUCUUGACAAUAUCCUCUUAUAUAAUGUGUUCUGGCCCUUUUAAUUGCUCUAACAAUAACAAAAAUAAAUGUUAUGAAAACUGGAUUUGCUGCCAUCUUGACUGUCCAUUUAUUAGCAGCUGAGGCGCUUUAGUAUAAAAAGAAACUUGAGAAGCUUAAUAUUCAAAAUACAAAAUUUUCUGCCUAGCCUUAUAAUGGAAACAAAUUCCUCCAGCUUUAUAGUGUGGUAAUGUCAAAACUACACACUUAAACUAUGAUAAGGGUGAAAAGAAUCUUGAAAGGGUUUUUACUAGCUUUGCUGUACAGAGACAAUUGUUACACAAAAUUGACAUACUCACAAAGAAAUUGUGUUCUUAUAAAUAUAUUUUUCAUUUUUUAGCUAUUAAAAUUGUGUUUUUGUCACCUGUAUUUUUGUAUCAUUUAUUUUAUAUACAGAUCAUUUGUUAUUGUUGAUAGCAAUAAUUUUAUUGGAUGACCAAAAACAUUUUUAAUAAUUUUAUAAAUUUUGUCACAGUUAUUUUAUACUUUCCUUUGCUUUGAAUGGAUGUUUGUAGUCUUUUUAAAUAAUUAUAGCUUAGUCAUUUGUGGUCAUAUCACUUUGUUGGAUGAAAAUAAAGAAUGAAAACAAUGACAAAAAAGAAGAAAAGUAAUAAUUCAAUUGAAACACAUGUAAUUCUUUUCAAAGUCAAAUUAAACUUUAUCUGGAGAUCCUUAGGCAAGACAAGGCUGGUUGGGGCUUAUUGUUAUUAUUGGAGGAAGUUUUUCAGUUCACAUUCUCUUUAUUUUUAGCAUUAUUACUCACUGUUUUCAGAUGUAUUAGUUACUGAUAAUAACAACUAUGAUCUUGCAAACAGUUUGUUUAUUCACAAAAUUUCUAUGAAAAUAAACAUUAAAAACCUUUUCAUAGAAACCUGUACCAUAUUUGAGAUUUAAAGUUUGUUCUAGGAAAUCCUAAAAUUGGCAUGACAUAGCUAUAAUUUAUUGAUAUCAUUGCUACUGUUGGCAAAAAAAAGUGGUGAAAUAUACCAAAGGGAAAUUCUUGACUUCAAAUGAAGUAUUUUAUGAUCACUAUUAUGAUCUUGCAAAUAGUUUAUUUUGCUAUUUUUGAAACAGAUGGGUCACAAUUUAUGUUAAUUAUUCAAAAUUAGUAUACUUAUAGUAAAUUCUUAUAAGAACUAAAUUUAUUUACAUGUAACUGGAUUGAUGAUAAACUUCACAACUAAGUGAACCAGCAGUAGCAGAAUCAUUUCCCCAGUACAUGAAUAUAUGAUUUAUUUAUAAAUGUGUGCCUGGUAAACUGCAGGUGCAUAUGCAGAUAAAAUGAUUGUCAAAUAAGCUGUUGAAAUUGACAAUCUGAACUUAAGUAUAAUAACAUAUCAUAUACAAGUAAACUUCAAUGUAUUUUUUUAAAUAAAAUAUUAUGACUGUCUUACAAUUACACUGAAAGGCCUUUGACAUUGAUCUUUAAUUAUUGAUAUCAACACAGAGGCAUAUGUGUCACAAUCUGUAUACGAAUUUAGUCUUUCCAUAUUGUUAACCUUGUUUAAUUGUUAAGUUUUCUUAUUAGAAGUGAUAAUGUAAUAUAAUAAUUUAUAUGAUAGAAGAUAAGUUUAAGGAAUGCUGUUGUGUAAGUGAAUGAAUUCGUUUUGUAAGAUUCUUAGUUUUAUUACUUUUUUGCAAUUACUCAAUCAUGAACCAAAUUACAUUGUUCAAUGUAAAAUUAAACAUUCCAUUUUAUUUUUAUUUAAGAAACACAAACAUAUCUUUGAGAACAUUUUUAAUGACUUUACAAGGUUUUGUUAUAUUUAUUUUGUUAUUACCCUUAAAAGAAUUAAAAGUUUAUACUGAAUAAUUUUUAACUGGGAAUUAUAGACAAUGAAAAUAAAGAAAAAUAACUGAAUUUAUUUGAUAUUAUAGAUAAUUAAGUUUAUUAAAAAGCAUGUAAUAGCAAGAUGAAGAAUAUUAUAACCAUUAAGCAAGUUCAUAGAAUUUUGGCAUUGGUUUUUCCUAAUAAACAAAUAGGUUUUAGUCCAAGGUUACUUCAUAUCGAAAUUAAUACAUAUAAUGAUAUUGUAAACAAUAUAAUGAUCAUUGUACUUAUAGUAAAAGAAGUCUUUCAUGAUACAAAAGACGUUUGCUAUUGAAUCAUUUAUAUUUAAUUCAUUUUCAUUUUCUGCAUAAUUUAUAUAGAAAUCUAUUAUCAAUAGGUUAAUUAGUUAUGAUUAGUUACAAAUAUAUAUAUAGUUUAUU